GACGUCUUGAGAGAGAAUUCGGGGAGGAAAAUCGGUUUGACUGGAGGUACACGAUACACGUGCUAGUUUACUCCUUGAUACAGGCUAUGAGGCCAACAAACAACUUGCAAGAAAACAAGACUGGGGACUUCAUCAAUUAUCGGGCGUUCCCGUUCAAUAUCUAACUAACCACACAUCCUGGGGAUCCAGCCUUAGGCGGUGGUCGGGGAUAGCCUAUUGUGGAAGUGUGGAAGACGUCCGACCCGGAGCGUCCUGACACUGUAUGCGACAACACGCAGGCGCCAAGCGACUGGGAAAGUUAUCGCUGUGUCUCUCGGGCAUUCGGACUUUAGCUUUUAUUUAAAAAAUAACUGAACUUUGAAUCGGUAACGUUUCGGACGCCAUGGCGGAAUUCCUGAUCAGCGGACAGACUGGUUACAUCCCGGAGGACGGAUUGACGGGCCAGCAACUGUUCAACGGGGGAGACGGGCUCACGUACAAUGACGUCCUGAUUCUUCCAGGGUACAUCGACUUCGCCGCGGACCACGUGGACCUGACCUCAGCCCUGACCAAGAAGAUCACCAUGAAGACCCCCCUGGUGUCCAGUCCCAUGGACACCGUCACAGAGGCCAGCAUGGCCAUCGCUAUGGCACUGACAGGAGGUAUCGGAUUCAUCCACCACAACUGCACUCCAGAGUUCCAGGCUAACGAAGUCCGCAAAGUCAAGCGCUACGAGCAGGGCUUCAUCACGGACCCGGUGGUGAUGAGCCCGUCUGAGCGCGUGCGGGACGUCUUUGCGGCCAAGGCGCGCCACGGCUUCUGCGGCAUCCCCAUCACAGACAACGGCCACAUGGGCGGCAAGCUGGUCGGCAUCAUCUCCUCCCGGGACAUCGACUUCCUCAAGGGGGAGGAGCACGACCUGCCACUCAGCCAGGUUAUGACCAAGAAGGAUGAUCUGGUGGUCGCUCCUGAUGGAGUGACGCUUAAAGAAGCCAAUGAGAUUCUUCAGCGGAGCAAGAAAGGCAAGCUGCCCAUCGUGAACGAGGCGGGCGAGCUGGUGGCCAUCAUCGCGCGCACGGACCUGAAGAAGAACCGCGACUUCCCGCUGGCGUCCAAGGACUCCCGCAAGCAGCUGCUGUGUGGCGCCGCCAUCGGGACGCACGAGGACGACAAGUACCGGCUGGACCUGCUGGUGCAGAGCGGGGUGGACGUGAUCGUACUGGACUCGUCGCAGGGCAACUCCAUCUUCCAGAUCAACAUGAUCAAAUACAUCAAGAACAAAUACCCCGACCUACAGGUCAUAGGAGGAAACGUGGUUACAGCAGCGCAGGCUAAGAACCUGAUAGACGCCGGCGUCGACGGACUGCGGGUCGGCAUGGGCAGCGGCUCCAUCUGCAUCACACAGGAAGUGCUGGCGUGUGGGCGGCCGCAGGCCACGGCGGUCUACAAGGUGUCGGAGUACGCGCGGCGCUUCGGCGUGCCGGUGACGGCUGACGGAGGGAUCCAGACGGUGGGACACAUCGCCAAGGCUGUGGCCCUGGGGGCCUCGACUGUGAUGAUGGGGUCUCUGCUGGCCGCCACCAACGAGGCCCCGGGGGAGUACUUCUUCUCCGACGGCAUCCGGCUGAAGAAGUACCGGGGGAUGGGCUCGCUGGACGCCAUGGACAAGAACCUGGGCUCGCAGACGCGCUACUUCAGUGAGAACGAUAAGAUCAAGGUGGCGCAGGGCGUGUCCGGGGCUGUGAAGGACAAGGGCUCUAUCCACCUGUUUGUCCCCUACCUGCUGGCUGGGAUCCAGCACUCGUGCCAGGACAUCGGGGCCAAGAGCCUCACCCAGCUGAGAAUCAUGAUGUACUCUGGAGAUCUAAAGUUUGAGAGGAGAACCACGUCUGCUCAGAAUGAGGGAGGCGUCCACGGCCUGCACAGUUACGAGAAGCGUCUGUUUUAAGGAGCAACGGGUGCAUUCGAACCGGAGCGGCCAUCAUGCCAACGCUGCAUUAUGCAAACACACGGAAAAUUCUACACACCAUCACACAUCCACAAACUUGAAUACACACACAUAGUCUUGAACUCAAACAGGAGUUGUGCCUAACCCUUAAUAAUUCACACACGCACACCUCCUUACGCUGGCGCAUUCAAAGGAGAAUAUGCUCCAAAAUACUCAUGCACAUACACACAUAUGAUUCAAGUCUUCCUAUCUAGUAUUCCCUAUGCAUUGUGAGUGUAUGUGCAUGUGUGUGUGAAGAUCUGACUGAGGCAUUAUUGCCUGUGCGAGGCCUUUCAUGUUCUCAUUGAAUUCACUCAAAAAAGACUGCAAGCUCUUCAUUUCAACGAGAGAACAUUAACAUGAACUAAAGAAAUCGAAAACAAUAAAGUAUUUUUCCCAUUGA